GCAAAAUGUUUAGGUUAGUUUUUCAAAACUCGACCACUACCAAAUAUCUUAACAGUUUAACGAUUCGAAUUAUCAUCUAUUUAAUAACCAAUUAACCAAAGAAAUAUAAUAUAAACUAUCUAAUAUAAUGAGUGGAUACGAUAGUGCUUUGUCUAUUUUCUCACCUGAUGGACAUGUUUUCCAGGUUGAAUAUGCUUCAGAAGCUGUUAAAAGAGGUACCUGUGCAGUUGGUGUGAAAGGAAAAGAAUGUGUGGUAUUGGGUUGUGAAAAGAGAACUACUUUAAAAUUACAAGAUCCUCGUAUUACUCCAUCUAAAAUAUGUAAAAUUGAUAAUCAUGCAUUAUUAGUAUUUGCUGGGUUAAAUGCUGAUGCAAGAAUUUUAGUGGAUAAAGCUAGAGUAGAAGCCCAAUCACAUAGAUUAACAUUGGAAGAUGCUGUAUCCAUUGAAUAUUUAACCAAAUACGUAGCUGGUGUUCAACAAAAAUAUACUCAAUCAGGAGGUGUUAGACCGUUCGGUAUAGCUACUAUUAUCGCAGGGUUCGAUAGUAAUGAUACCGUUCCAAAAUUAUAUCAAACUGAACCUUCUGGUGUUUAUAAUGCUUGGAAAGCUCAUGCUAUUGGUAAAUCAUCCAAGACUGUAAGAGAAUUUUUGGAAAAACAUUAUGAAGAAGAAUUAGAUGAUGAAAAAACUGUAAAAUUAACUAUAAAGUCCUUAUUAGAAGUUGUUCAAACCGGAGCCAAGAACAUUGAAGUCUCAGUAUUGAAAGCAGGAAAUGUGAUUCAAACCUUAGAUGAAGAUGAAAUUAAAAAAUAUGUCGAUGAAAUAGAAGCUGAAAAGGAAGCUGAAUCAGAAAAGAAGAAGAAAACUAGAGAUUAGAGAUGAUUUAGGCCUUUAUAGUUGUAGAAAUUUAUACAAAAACCUUUUUGCAUUAUA